CCCGCGCGCUCGCAGGUCCACACGGAACCCGAGGGCGGCGGCAGCGGUUUCCCUUGAACCUGCCGGGGACUCUAGAGGGAGCACACAGGAAAAGCUGGGCGGCGAUCAGGGCCGGCCUUGCAAACCUCUAGGAGAAGAUGACUGUGUUCUUUAAAACCCUUCGAAAUCACUGGAAGAAGACUACUGCUGGGCUCUGCCUGCUGACCUGGGGAGGCCAUUGGCUUUAUGGAAAACACUGUGAUAACCUGCUAAGGAGAGCAGCCUGUCAAGAAGCUCAGGUGUUUGGCAAUCAGCUCAUUCCUCCCAAUGCGCAAGUGAAGAAGGCAACUGUCUUUCUCAAUCCUGCAGCUUAUAAAGGCAAAGCCAGGACUCUGUUUGAAAAAAAUGCUGCCCCGAUUUUGCAUUUAUCUGGCAUGGAUGUAACCAUCAUCAAGACAGAUUAUGAGGGACAAGCCAAGAAGCUCCUGGAAUUGAUGGAAAGCACAGAUGUGAUCAUUGUUGCUGGAGGGGAUGGAACCCUGCAGGAGGUUGUUACUGGAAUUCUUCGAAGAACAGAUGAGGCUACCUUCAGUAAGAUUCCCAUUGGAUUUAUCCCACUGGGACAGACCAGUAGUUUGGGUCGUACCCUCUUUGCUGAAAGUGGAAACAAAGUCCAGCAUAUUACGGAUGCUGCACUUGCCAUUGUGAAAGGAGAGACGGUCCCACUAGAUGUCUUGCAGAUCAAGGGUGAAAAGGAACAACCUGUGUUUGCAAUGACCGGCCUUCGCUGGGGAUCCUUCAGAGAUGCUGGUGUCACAGUUAGCAAGUACUGGUAUCUUGGGCCUCUAAAAACCAAAGCAGCCCACUUUUUCAGCACUCUUAAGGAGUGGCCUCAGACUCAUCAAGCCUCUAUCUCGUACACGGGACCUUCACAGAGACCUCCCAGUGAACCAGAAGAGACGCCUCCCCGGCCAUCUUUGUACAGGAGAAUAUUACGAAGGCUGGCGUCAUACUGGGCACAACCGCAGGAUGCCCUCUCUCCAGAGGUGAGCCCAGAAGUCUGGAAAGAAGUGCAACUGUCAACCAUUGAACUGUCCAUCACAACACGGAACAGUCAGCUGGACCUGAUGAGCAAAGAUGACUUUAUGAACAUCUGCAUCGAACCCGACACCAUCAGCAAAGGAGACUUCAUAACUAUAGGAAGUAGGAAGAUGAGAAAUCCCAAGCUGCUCGCUGAGGGCACAGAGUGUCUCGAGGCCAGCCAGUGCACCUUCCAUCUGCCUGAGGGAGCCGGGGGCUCCUUCAGCAUUGACAGUGAGGAGUUCGAAGCGAUGCCCGUGGAGGUGAAACUGCUCCCCAGGAAGCUGCAGUUCUUCUGGGACCCUAGGAAGAGGGAACAGACGCUGCGGAGCACAGCCCCGUGAGUGGGCAGGAGAUGGGUGCUGGUUGCUUCAAGGCCACAUUUUAGGCCACCAGUGGGACCAAAAGGGAACAGGUGCCUCAGCUGUCCUGGCAGCGCUGUCACAGGACCCCAAGGGCAUUUCAUGGCAAGUACCCCUGCCUUCUUCUAGCCAUGCUUCUUCCCAAGGUGUACUGUGCCACCUGCUGUGCUAGCGCAUGCUUUUAUGUUAGUGUUAAUAAUCGUCCCUCCUAAAUAUUUUCCUCAGGCUGGUUCAAGGAAAUCCUCAGAUGGAUUGGGUGGAAAGGCUUUGUUUUCUCCCAAAGCACAGUCCCAGUGGAGAGCAGGCUCCCUAGUAUGCACCCCCAUCCUGCACUGUUCUUUGACUGUCCUAGGAAAACCCGGGCAAGUGCCUGCCUUCCCCCGCUGCUCUUUCCUGUUUCUAGGCUUCUCCCGGGUGUACUGUGCUGUGUGAGCCGUGGCUCUUUUUAGCUUUCUUUUCAGUUCUAUCCUCAAGCUAGAAACAUAUGUGAGGGUAUUUUCUUCAGCCAUGGCUAAAAAUACCAUAAACUAUAUUCAUGUUUUAUUUUUUUAAAGUAGUGCUUCCUAAAUGUUGGUUUGCAUGAGAGCCACAUGGGGUGCAUGUUGAAAACUGAUUUUCUUGGGGCCCACUCCAAUUGUGGUAAUUCAGUUUGGGGAUGGGACCUCAAAAAUUGGCCACCCUUCCCAGCUGAUUCUUUAAGUGGUCCACAAACUAUUCUGCUCAUGUAGCCCCAAAGUAUUUUGAAAAAUCAUGUAUUUCCUCAUAUAUCUAAGUUGAUAUCUAUAAUUUUUCAUGAGAAGUUAAAUAGUUGCCAAAAUAUGUGCUUUCUGGUGUCAUGUAAAUAUUAUUUAAAAAUAACUGUUACAUUACUUUUAAACAUACCAAGUGUAAUUUAAAUACCAUACCAAUUUGUCAGCCUUCAUUCAUUUGUAAAAAUAAAUGAACUAGUCCUUUAGUAGAAAAUUUUAAAUUGGUUUUUCACUUUGUGUAUUUCAUGCCACGUUCAGCAAAGAAUCCUAAUGUGGUAUAUUUUUGUGCUUGACAUUGAUUCUUCUCAUCAACAAAAAAAUAUAACUAGAAAUAAAUUUUAAUCCUUGCUUUGUUAUGUAAGCACAGAACAAAUGUUAUUGUAAUCAUUGGUAUAUAAUUGAUAGCAAAAUGGUUUUAUUAAAAAUUAACAUUUUAUUACAAUGUUCUCUAUUCUAAUUAGUUUAUCCAAGAAUACCUGAAUGUUACUUAUAGCUGACAUGGGGUUCAACAUCAGUUAGAAUUAUAACUGUGUCAUGCAGUUCUUUGAAUCCCUUUGGAGUUACAUGGCAAAAAUCAUAGUGCCCUAUCAUCAAAAAAUUAUUACUAAUGAUCUGUCAAUUUGAUUAGUUUAUUGAAAGCAAAGAACUAAAAACCACCUGAUUAGCUAAGGCUUUGUUAGCCAGUCAUUAGCAUUAUUUACUUUUAAUACUACCAUUGACAUUUUCCUUGGGUGCCCCUGAGGUUCUCACAGUCCAGAGGUCAAUGCACCAUAGAAAGAUGGAUGAGACCUAAGAAGGAAAACUGAAGGAGAAAGUGGAGGAGCAGAGGUGGCAGGCCUUGGCUACAGGCUCAUUCCCAGGAAGAUACAUUUCAAGACAGACAUGUACCACACGGAGUGAAGACCAAUGCUUUAAUGGAUAAUAGAGCAGCUAUGGAAAGUCCACAAAAAAUAAGGCUUUCUUAUUUAGCAUUAUAUCUUGGUGGUGGUAAAAGUUCUGCUUUUAGCAAAAAGAUAAAAGGUGGCUCCAAACAUGAAUGUAAAGAUCAGCCACCCUAUACCUCUGCCACAGAGUAAGGAAGUAAGGUUCUUCAUGAACCAAGAGAGUUUAGCAUAUCCUGGUUCUGUAAGGGAGUGUAGAGGACCACUGCAGAAUCUGGCCUCUUCCCUAAAAGGCUAAUCACAGUG